AUGUAUAUAUAUAACUUGGAUAUAUNGGACCUACGCUGUGCUGCUGGUUCCUGCAGAGACACUGAAGAUGCCUUUUCUUACGUAGAAAUCUCCUCUGAAAGGAUUCACGAAGACUAUGCAUCUGAUGAGAUUUUAUGCCUUAUCAGCUUUAAAUGUAGCGGGAUCCAAAAUGAAUCAAUUGCAUUCGUAGCCAAGCUUGUAGAACUCUUGAACCUCAAGCUUAAUUGCAGAGAACAUUGUAGGCUUUAUCCAUCUCCCGGUGCUUUGCAACUGGUUGACGGUGAAGACACCGACGAUGUUGUUGAUGUCGCUGGUGUGAAAAUGGGAGAACCACUUGUGAUUACGGGAGAUUACGGUUCAAAUAAAUCGCAUUUCCAAGCUAUUUCCGAGGGCCUCAUUCCGAAAAAUGAGCCUGGAAAAAGUUUAUCUGACAAGAAACCUGAAGAAAAAGCCGAGAAAACCGACGAUGAAGAUGAGAAUAUGUUAUGAAUCCUACAAGAUAUUACUUGAACUUUGAAAUUUAAAAUGGAUCCGUGAACAGCCAUGCCCAAGAUGAGAUAAAAACUCUCAACGUGGAAUUAAAAUAUGCAAGUUAAAACGUGUAUUGCCAAAAGGCGAUAUUUUGUAACGUGGAGUGGCAACCAUUAUGUUAUUAACUAUCGUCAGAGAACACAAUUUUAAGGUUGAUGAAAUUAUUGGUGCUUUUUUUAGGUGUAUUAUUUGGAAAUUUAUGUAUCCUUAGAAAUAUUAUAAUACUUCAAUCAUUGCGGUAGUUCCUAAAUUGAGCACAGAGUGUCAGAGGACUUUGUUGCCUUCUAUUUCUAUUGAUGUCGUUAGUCGUUUGGGUAACCUUUCAUUUUACUUCAAUUCUUUGACCGAAUUGCGAACUUGCCCUUCAAACGAAGCACAUUUUACAUCUUUUGGCUCCAAGAAAUAUUUACGGUUGUUCUGGUUUUACAGAACUUAUUUGAAAAGGACAUUAUGAUACUUAACAGUUGGUGGGUUUGACAUAACUAUAGAUAAUUUUUAUAUUUGUAAAGACUACCUAUCAUAUGGCAGAACAUGGUCCGUAACUUUAAGGAAUUCCUCACACGCCUUUACCUGCAGUCAGGUGAAGGAUGCAUAGAGCACAAACUUAGUUUUACAGGGCUAAGAGUCC